GCAGGUGUGAUGUUGAGCAGAAGAGCUCUGUGUAGUUACAGUGAAUCAGAGCAGGAGCGCGUCAUGGGACGCCAGUGCGCCAAAGAAGAGACGCUGGAUCGGUGCGCCUGACUUUACGGACACUUUUUACGCAAUUUCUCACACUCCCAGAUCAGAACCGCCUGAUUUCUCGGACUUUUCAAAGUAUUCUUUCCGGACGGUCCUUUUGAUCAGUAGACAUGAAUACUACAUUUAACCAAACGGACAGCGGGAUCUUCUCCAACCGGACUGAGGAGAUCCUCCUGUGCUGUAACUUCUCGUCGGUGGUGACGGAUAACGGCUUCACGGCGGCGGCUCCGGAUGAGAGGAGCCUCUUCAUCAUGAGAAUAGUUCAGAUAGCGGUGAUGUGCGUCCUCUCCCUCACCGUAGUCUUCGGGAUCUUUUUCCUGGGCUGUAACUUGCUGAUCAAGUCGGAAGGGAUGAUCAACUUUUUGGUAACGGACCGGAGACCCUCCAAAGAGGUAGAGGCGGUCAUCGUGGGUGCGUACUAGAGACAUGAUUAGGAUUAUGCACUGCCACGUGUACCACCUGAUGGACAUGUAUUUCGAUGGCCUCUUUGCAAACAGGACACAGUGUUAUUUGGCUCGCUAAAAAAAAACUAUUAUUUGGAAAUCAACUGAAUUAACGCACUCUCUCCAUUUUGCGCACACGCCUUUCCGCUCUUACAUUCAUUAUGACACGAACCAGAUUUCAAAUCAGAUACAGGCAUGGAGUCUUACAUUUGUCAUUGAAACUAUUUAUAUGUGCAAACGCAGGGGUGUUGUUGCACAUAUUGACUGUUUUGUAAUGGUUAUGGAUCUCCUAUCUGUAAAGCACAUUGUAAGCACUGCACGGACUAAUUAUUUGUUGUUUAGCAAGAUCGAAGCAUCAUGCUUAAUACAAUAAAUUCAUAUUUCGAAUAAAAUGUUUUUUUUUUUCUGUCUUAUUUGUUUUUAUUAUUAAAUGUUGCUCCUUUUCACGGGCAUUCUGUGGAGAUGUAUUUACACUGUAAGAGAAAAUGUGCUUCAUGUGGUAUAACAGCAAUUUUCUAAGCCAAGCAUAUUAUUAAAAAAACAAUGUACUGGAAAAUGAAUGUCAUUUUAAGGGUCAGAACAAGUGUCUCUUUAAGGUAUAAAAGCAACACACAUUCACCUUAAUUUAAAACAAGUCUCACUAGAAACAGUUUGCUUAUGUGUUAAAAUACAUUUCAGUUUUAGAUUUUAUCCUGACAUCUGCACUGAUGCAUGUUGACGUUAAUUUCAAGUCUCACUUAUUCUGUACUGCUGCCGCAAAAUGAACUUUCUAUU